UCGACCUCAUCUACCACUGUUCUGGCAGGGGCGCGCGAUGCCUCGCCCUCGCAGCACCUAGCAUAUAUGGCGCCUAGGCUCCAGGCCCAUGAUCGUGAUCCUACCUAUCUCCAAUCAUGGCCUCCACCAUCGGUAACAACGACCGCCUCACCCAGCUCAAGGCCUUCGACGACACCAAGGCCGGCGUCAAGGGCCUCGUCGACGAGGGCGUUACCAUCGUCCCGCCCAUCUUUCAUCACCUGCCUGACCCUCACGACGCCACCUCUAACGCCCAUGCCGCCAUCCCGGUCAUCGAUCUCGCCGCCUUCUCAGCAACCAACAACGACGAGGCCCACGCCCACCAGCAGCUGGUCGCCCAGGUCAAGGCAGCCGCCGAGACCGUCGGCUUCUUCCAGGUCGUCAACCACGGCGUGCCCGCGGAGCUGCUCCCCCGCAUGCUCGCGUCGGUGAAAAGCUUCAACGAGGAGCCCGCCGACGAGCGGCGGCCCUACUACACCAGGGACCAGGCGAGGCGCGUGAGGCUUUGAGCUCUUUUCUAAGUGACACGGUCUUCUUCGAGGACUCGGCGGCGCCCGAGGAGAUGCCGCCGGCCUUUAGGGACGUCGUGCCGGAGUACGCCAGGCAGGCGCGGGGGCUGGCGGCGCAGCUGCUGGCGCUGCUGUCGGAGGCCCUGGGCCUGCACGCGGGCUACCUGCAGCGCGACGCCGGCUGCCUGGACGGGCCCUCGCUCGCCUUCGCCUGCCACUACUACCCGCCGUGCCCAGAGCCGUGGCUCACGCUAGGCACCACCAGGCACUCCGACCCCAGCUUCCUCACGGUGCUCCUGCAGGACGCCGUGGGCGGCCUGCAGGUGCUCCUCGGCGGCCGCUGGGUGGACGUGCCUUCGCUGCCCGGCGCGCUCGUUGUUAACAUCGGCGACUUCCUCCAGCUCAUGUCCAACGACAGGUUCAAGAGCGUGGAGCACCGGGUGGUGGCCGUGCCUCCAGGCGCCGCUGCCCGGGUCUCGGUGGCCUGCUUUUUCAGACCCUCCGGCGCCGCCACGUCCAAGGAGUACGGCCCCGUACCCGACCUCGUCAAGCCGCCGGAGGCCCCGCGUUACAGGAGCGUCACCGGCGUAGAGUUCCUCGACUACUAUAGGCAGAAGGGUCUCGACGGACGAUCGGCGCUCGACCACUUCAGGCUGCUGGUCUGAGCUUCUCAACCCAAUUAUAAUAGGUCUUCUAUUUAUGAGUCUAUAAAGAAGAUCCUACUUGUUUAGUUUCUGUGUAUGCUCUAAAAAUAGAAAAUUAUACUCAAACGUUGAAUUAUGAUGUUUCCCAAAAUCUUUUAGACAAAACCGUUCCAAUUAGCUCCAUAACCAAACACUGCCCUCGUCGGAUUCAUUCGACUCGGAUGACAGUGCUCUAAGGGCAUGUACAGUAGAGAGACACCAGAACGGUUCUCCAAGCACAGGAGACAACUAAGAGACUCUAUUGUACAAUGAAGUGUCUAUAAACGUAGUCUAUUAAUAAAUACAGAAUUAAAUGUAUUUGUAUAGCAUCAGCUCGAUAGAACAGACGACAAAUUCAUACAGUGAGAAAUGAGGCGUCUGUUACUACUUGGUUUACGAGCCAGAGGCGUCUCUUCACGGAGAGACGGCUCUAAGAUUUUUUUGCAAAUAACCCCC